AUGGAGGAAAUGGAUAGUGUAACAAGCGACCACCACCAUCACCACCACCGUGAAGAUGUUCCUGACCGUGCUCAGUCGUUAUGGGCUCCGGUCUUUCUCGGCAUGAUGAACAACCCUCGCCGUCGCCGGAGAUUUUCCCACAUCGACUUUGAUGAAGAUAACGAGGAAGAAGACCGCCACCGGAGCUACAACUUCCGGGAGGGAGGAGACUCUGAUUUGGACCGUGAGUUUGAGUCCAUCAUGAGAAGGCGGGGCCGGAGCUCCGCCGCCAUCCUCCACCUCCUCCAAGGUGUUCGAUCUGGAUCUGAAAACAAUACAUCACAAGAACGUGAUCAUGAUAGGGAACGUGUUAUUCUGAUUAAUCCUUUUAAUCAGACAAUAGUUGUUCAAGGCAGCGGUGGUGGGACCCAUCCAAUUGGUUCUUUAGGUGACUAUUUUUCGGGUCCCGGAUUAGACGAAUUACUGCAACAUUUAUCUGAAAUUGACCCGAAUAGACACGGAACCCGACCCGCACAAAAACAGGCGGUGGAAGCAAUGCCAACUGUAAAAAUCGAUGAAAAUUCAGUUCAAUGUUCGGUUUGUUUGGAUGAUUUUGAAGUUGGAAAUGAAGCUAAAGAGAUGCCAUGUAAACAUAAAUUUCAUAGCAAAUGUAUUCUACCAUGGUUAGAGCUUCAUAGCUCGUGUCCGGUUUGCAGGUUUGAGUUACCUUCUGAUGAAACAAGACCCGGCCAAGAGACAAACGAGUCGGGUGGUAGUGAAGAUGGGGAUGAUAGAAAUUUGAGGCGUUUGUCUCUUCCUUGGCCUUUUAGUACUUUAUUCGGGCCAACAACUGGGCCCCAACCCGGCUCGAUGCCAUCUGCAUCGAGCUCGGGUUCGUCACCAUGGGCUCGUAGAGCCCAUGGUGAAGAUGAAGAACAAUAA